UUGGUGUUUUUCUCGCGACGCACGCGGCGUUACACAUACUGUGCCACUCGAAGCGCCGCGCCGACCCUCCUUGGGGAUCUUCGAUGGAGGGCGAGACGGGACGGUGCGUGAGGGUUCUGUGCCCCAAGAAAUCGUUGCUCUCCUCCAAGAACCCCGGCCUCCGAUGGCUGAUCGGAUCCCCUCUCUUCCUUCCUCCCUUCACCGUCGUCUCCUCCUUCCGCUGCCUCCACGCCCUCCCCGACGACGAUCCCUACUCCCCCGACUUCGCCAAAGAAGCAGAUGAAAUUAGGAUGCUACUUUUAAGAGGAUUCAAUAUUAUAGGUGCAUUAUUUGUCGGCGAUGGAAACUGGGAGAAAUGUGCUUGGAAGGCAGUUGAGGCUUCCAGUAAAAUGAGAAAAUUUCUUUUUGGUGAUGGAGAUUGUGAUCUAAUAGGUGCUGUGACUGAUUUAAUAACUGAUGACAUUCAUUUCUUUGUCUCACAUUCUACAAAUGUGGAAAGUAUGGAAGCAGUUAGUACAGUUGUUUUUGAAGAUAAUCCUGAAACAUAUGUCUGGGAGAAAGGUUGUCUACUCAGAUGUGAGCUGGAAUUGAAGUUGCCUGUUUUUGUUCCUCUUGAUAAAACAUCAGAUGUUGCAGAGAUUGUUUCAUCAUUGGUUGACGAGGCUGCUGCCAAACUAAGAGAUCCAUAUGUUGCAUACCUAGUUGAAGGGUCAAACGUUGAUACUGAUGAGUUAUCUCGAUCCAUUGUUUUGCAUGGUAUGGAGUUGGAUUCAAAACCAGAUCAUUCUGAUUCCAUGCUUUUGAAGGCUAGUAUGAAGGAAUCUGGUGCAAAGGAUCUAGCUUGUUCACAUUUUCACUUGAAAGAUAAGAACAUUUCAUCAUCAACAAUAAGAGAGAAUGCAGAUGCUAUCCAAAUAGCUGUUCUAUCCAACCAAUCCAGAAAUAAUUGUAAAUCAGCUGUUCCAGUUGCCGAGUAUUUUCCAGCAACUGAAUAUGCAAGAAAUCUAAAUGUUAAUUUCAAGCUAGAUGUCCUCUGCUAUGCGUCUGAAGAUUUUACCAUAGCUGCUGCUCUAUCUAAAUUAGUUAUACCUGGAUUAAUUGAUCAGCUAAAUAGUAUCAAGAAGGCUGUCAUACCAGAGCUGUUAUCACAACAACCCCAGCUUUGUCCAUAUCACUUUCUUCCACCUGAGCUAUUACAUCCAGUAACAGCUAUCUAUGAUCUUAGAUAUGGUGAGACUGAAAUGAAACAAGGUGAAAUGAGGAGAUCUUUGCACUCAAGACUGGGUUUACCCUUAGACCGUCCUCUACUCCGGAUUGCUAAUGCUUUAAGUUUUGGCAUGAAGAACACCAAGGACACCCAUUCAGUGAAAUAUGGUUCUUCGUUGCUUAAAAAUGUUCACACUGAGGUUCCAACUAGUGGGGUUUCUGGAGGCAUUAUCUCGUUGAUUGAUGGAUCUUAUGAAUACUAUCAUUACCUCCUCUAUGGUUUUGAUGACAAUGGCUGGGGAUGUGCUUAUCGCUCUUUGCAAACUAUCAUAUCCUGGUAUCGACUUCAACAAUAUGCAUCCAUAGGAGUUCCUUCACACAGGGAAAUUCAACAGGCUCUUGUUGACAUGGGUGAUAAGGAGCCAUCUUUUGUUGGAUCACGCGAAUGGAUUGGAGCUAUUGAGUUAAGCUAUGUUUUGGACAAACUUCUUGGAGUCAGCUGUAAAAUUAUUAAUGUGAGAUCUGGGGAAGAGCUUCCAGAGAAGUGUAGGGAGCUCUCCAUUCAUUUUCAGACGCAGGGAACUCCAGUAAUGAUUGGUGGUGGGGUUCUGGCGUAUACCCUUUUGGGAGUCGACUACAACCAAGCAAGUGGUGAUUGUGCAUUUCUUAUCCUCGAUCCACACUAUACAGGUAACGAUGAUCUUAAGAAGAUUGUGAAUGGUGGAUGGUGUGGGUGGAAGAAGGCUAUUGAUAGCAAAGGCCGGAACUUCUUUUUAAAGGAUAAGUUUUAUAACCUCCUCCUCCCACAAAGGCCCAACAUGGUCUGAAAUCCCAUAUGAUGUAUCAGCAGGAGAGAGAAGAAACUAUAGAAAGCUGGCAAAUACAGAGGAUAUAUGUGUUUGCCAAGAGUAGUCAGUCAGUUACUUUAUCAACAUUUUCUUCAAACAAUGUCAGGAUUUGGACUUCAACUACAUUAUUGUAUUGGACAUUUCUUGUAAGUUCUAAAUAAACAAUUUUAGGAGUCAAGAGAAAGAUAUAGUUGAGAUGAGUG